CUGGUUACAGUGUGUCACGUGAUUUGACUGAAAAAGCAGCGAUGGAGAAAAGCUAAGGAAGGUAUCUGCCCUGGCAGUGGCUUCCUCUUUACCCAGAGUGCUUGUGGAAUGGCAGCAGUUUGGCAGCAGGUGUUGGCAGUGGACGCAAGGUACAAUGCUUACCGCACGCCUACCUUCCCACAGUUCCGAACUCAGUACAUCCGCCGACGCAGCCAGCUGCUCAGAGAGAACGCCAAGUGUGGCUUUGAGCCAGGGCUGCGCAGGCAGUACCUGAAGCUGCGCAGUCAGCUGCUGGCCCUGCGCUACGGGCCCCUGUCUGAGCAGAGCAGCUUCAGGGCCAGCAGUGUGCGCAGCUCCCGCACCACACUGGACCGAAUGGAGGACUUUGAGGAGGACCCCCGUGCCCAAGGGGCUCGUGGUCAUCGCCGGUCUGUCAGCAGAGGCUCGUACCAGCUACAGGCCCAGAUGAACAGAGCCGUCUACGAUGAGAGGCCUCCGGGCAGUUUGGUGCCCACCUCAGUGGCAGAGGCCAGUCGUGCCAUGGCAGGAGACACAACAUUGAGUGAAAAUUAUGCUUUUGCUGGCAUGCACCACAUAUUUGAUCAACAUGUCGACUCUGCUGUUCCACGUUUGCAGUUUGCCAAUGAUGACAAGCACCUCCUUGCUUGUUGCUCACUGGACGGCACUCUGUCCAUUAUGACACUCUCACCACCUCCUCCCAGUGUGAAGGUGACCCUAAAAGGUCAUGGGGGUCCAGUUACAGACUUUGCCUGGUCUCUGAGCAAUGACAUCAUUGUGUCGACAUCGCUGGACGGGACACUCCGUAUUUGGAAUACAGAGGAUGGCCGGUGCAUCCGAGAGGUCAGAGACCCAGAAUCCAGCGAGUUGCUCUGCUGCACCUUCCAACCCAUGAAUAAUAACCUUACUGUGGUGGGGAACAGCAAGCACCACCUGCAGGUGGUAAACAUCUCCACUGGGAAGAAGGUGAAGGGGGGCUCCAGUAAGCUGACAGGCCGCGUGCUGUCUCUCUCCUUUGAUGCUCCAGGGAAGAUCCUUUGGGCUGGUGAUGACAGGGGGAGCAUCUUCUCCUUCCUCUUUGACAUGGCCACAGGGAAGCUUACUAAAGCCAAGCGUCUGGUGGUGAGUGAAGGCAGCUCUAUCUGCAGCAUAUCCGCUCGUUCCUGGAUUAGCCGAGAGGCCAGAGACCCCUCGCUGCUGGUUAACGCCUGUGUCAAUAAGCUGCUGCUGUACAGGGUGGUAGACAAUGAGGGAACACUACAGCUGAAGAGAAGCUUCCCCAUCCAGCAUGGAUCCCAGCUCGUUCAUAGCAUCUUCUGCCCCCUCAUGUCUUUCAGACAGGGGGCCUGUGUGGUGACUGGCAGCGAGGAUGGCUGCGUCUACUUCUUCGAUGUCGAGCGCAACACCAAGGCGAUAGUAAACAAGCUGCAGGGUCAUGGGGGUCCAGUGUUGGAUGUCAGCUUCAACUGUGACGAGAGUUUACUUGCAUCUGCUGAUUCCACCGGCAUGGUCAUCAUCUGGAGGCGUGAGCAAAAGUGACUGAUCCACUAAUUAAAAAAAAACAUGUUAAAAAUUAAAAAAAGCUUCCAUCCACUGCAUAUAAAAAGCCUGCUGCUCCUUAACCGUCCAAUAACAAGUCUGUAGAUUUUCACUGGAAUGUAACAGGCUGCGUCAAAUGUUUAAUGUAAUGAUACUCAAGUGCAAUCAGAACGCCAUGCUGUGUAGGUGGUAGGGAUGUCUUAGAAAUUCAUGGUGUGGGAGGUGGGCUGUGUGUGUCAGUGCUCCUACAGCUGCAGCUGAGAAAUGGCUUUUUCUUUUUUUUUCUUUGGUUUGUAAAGAAAGAACGAGCACUAAUACCAUGCAUGUGUCAUGGCUGACCUCAAGUUGUGUGGAUACGACUGACUUCAUGUGAAGAGAACACAUAAUUUUCCAGAAAAAACAAAACAAAAAAACACUUUAUAUCACACUGACAGUCCCUCUGGCAUAGAUCUAGUUCACUAUUUAUGUAACUGUUAUUCAAUCAGUGUAAUCAAGUGUAGUAAAAUGGCCUUAUUUGCUUUCAGUUGCUGUUUUGCAUUUGAGACCAUGUGCAUGAAACUGAAAUCCGGAUCAGGCAUUAGGCAUAUCAAAUCAUCACAAAAAAGAUUAAAGGGUGUUUUUAAGUAUGUGUUUGUACUUAACCUGUAUGUGUGUGUGCGUGUAUACUCGGGUCAAGCUGGUUGCUGAUUCAUUUAAUUUAUUUCACAAAUCCACAAUAAACUAUUGUAAAUGUCA